AAGUGACAGAUAAAAGAAAAUCUAAUUAGAAAAAGGAAGCAAUUUUUGUUUUUACGAAAAGCGAACUUUAUACAUUUUAUUGAAAAGAUUGCAUUGUAGUGAAAAAUAAAUUGACAAGCAAGGAAGGUCAAAUAUUAUAUUUGUCGCGGCUCAUAAUUCGAGACAAUGUUAUAAUUAAAUUUAAAAAAAGGACAAUAGAAUUUUUUGUUUCAUUUUUUAAUUUAAUGAACUUUUGUCUUUUUUUUAAUAUAAGCGUAACAUAUGUAUAUCCAGAUUGUAAAGAGAUCUGUACAAAAUUUUGUAUGUUUAACAUAUAUUUGAGAAUAGAAAUAAGAAAAUAAUUUAUUUUAAAUUUAAAAAGCUUACGAACGUGUUUCAAAACAUCAAUAAUGUAAAAGAAGUUAGCAUAAUUGUUUUAAAGUGUUUCAAAACAAUUUGUGCUAAUAGUUUGAAACAUAAAUAAUUUCAUAUCUUGACAUACAUUUUAUAUAAAAUGAACUACUACGUACUUGUUUUGCUAAUCUAUUUUCAAUGUGACGGUGUCAUUUCUCAAAUUCCACCAAUUUUUGGAUCACAAAAUCCAAAUAAUCAAGGACCACCAGUCUUUGGCUCUCAAAAUAUAAACGAUUUAACAAACUUAAUUGGCAAUGAUGGAAGACAACUCGUCAGUCCUAGUAAUCAAUGUUAUUGUGCACUGAUUGCUUCUUGCACUGGAAUACCAUUUAUACCUGGGAGGGACAACUUUAAUAAUCGUAUUCUAAAUAUUGGACCAGUAAGUGCUGAAUCAUGUCCAACGAAUUAUGUACUUUGUUGUUCGGGAAUUCCACAACCUACAAAUCCUGUAUGUGGAAGAAGAAAAGUGGCAUUAACAAGUACAGUUGGAGAUGUAGCACCAUAUGGAGCUUAUCCAUGGCAUGCUGCAUUAUUUCAUCGUCUAAGUGACCAGUACAUUGGCGCAGCAGUUGUUAUCACUUCAACAUACUUACUAACAGUAGCGCACAGGGUUUUCGACUUAAACAAUAACUUUAGAGUUAGACUUGGACUUUGGUCGCUGUCAGUCAACUCUUAUCCGUACUUUGAAGCUUAUCCUAUUUUCACACAAGUGCAUGGAUAUUUUAAUAGAAAUACUCUUCAAAAUGACAUUGCUAUAAUUCAAAUUGAUAGAGCGAUACCAUUUGCCAAUUAUGUUAGUAUUAAUUCUGCCUGUCUUCCAACGUCUAUGCCUGCUACUGGAACAAGGUGUUGGACUGCUGGUUGGGGAGUAAGUUCUUUUAAUAAUGGUCAAUAUCAAAAUCCAAUGAGACAUGUUGAAGUUCCUAUUGUGUCACAGGCAACGUGUGAGGCUAGUUUGCGAAAUACAAGACUUGGAUUUUAUUUCAACUUAGACAGAACUAGUUUCUUGUGUGCUGGAGGUGAAUCUGGUAGAGACUCUUGCACUGGAGACGGUGGUGGUGCCCUUGUUUGUGAAGUGGCUACAAAUCAGUUUCAAGUUGUUGGAUUAACAUCGUGGGGAGUUGGUUGUGGACAGAUAUUUGUUCCAGGAAUAUACAUUAAUGUGUAUUCUUAUCUUUCUCUAAUUAGAAUGGUUGUUCCUGUUACAGCAAAUGCUGGCUGAGUGCUUUAUGUCUGAAAAGUAUUUUGUCUCUGAAUUUUUCAAAAAUAUUUUAUAAUAAACAAAAUUUUAGUUUGUUUCGUGGUCAAACAAAAUAACCAAAAUAAUAAUUUAAAAAAGCCAGUUCAAGGUGAUUCUAAAAAUGAAUAAAUAUUAUUUAUAUCUUAAAAUUUGCCUAUAUAUUCAAACAUCAACAUAAUUAUUAAGGCAUUAAUUAAGUAAAUAAAAACUAUUUAAUGUUUCAUUCAAAUUACUGCAGUUUCCUUUUUAGUCAUGUUAAUACAGAAAAGAAGUAAUCGUAAAAUAAAUAUUAACGUUUGUAAUUAUUAAAGCAGACGGUAAACUGAAGUUACAUGUUCGUUAUUGAUUGUCUUUUCCUUGGAAACUGAAUUUUAAAACAUAAAUAUGUUUGCAUACAAGAAUCAUAAA